AUGAGUCGCGUGAAUUGCUUAUGGCUGGCAUUUUUGGCCUUCUUGCCCUGUGUGCACUUGCAGCCCCUGGCCAAUGAGGUCUCAUUGGAAUUGGUCGAUUGGGAGUGUCGUCAGGUUGUAGGGCUCUUCAAUUGGAACAAACUUCGUGAGAUCGUGGUGGAAUAUGCGGACUUCGAGUCGCCCCUGGCGAUGACCGAGUUCACUGAGGCUGCCUUAGUCUUGCAAGACCCGGAAGCACGGAGAACGGCCUUUCAGGAAUGCCCGAUCGGUGCCAUUUUCUUGGCUUCUUUGAACUUGGGAAUUUGCUUGCACCGAGUCAUGGAGGAGGUCACCGAGUGUGAAGAUGUGGCAGACUUCCUGAUGGCGAGCAUGUUCCGCCGGGAGAUUCCCCUGGCAGUGAUCUUGACCUCCUCCUGGCCGGUGAGAAGCCCGCAGAAGAUGGUGUUCCUCUACGAGCGAGGAUCUCACAACUUGAGCACUUUCUGGCACUCACUUCAGCAUAGUCCCAGCUUGAACUGCGAAGAUGAUGAGUUCUUUGCCGGAUUCUUGAAGGACCUGAAUUGGGCCAUUGGUCAAGGCGAAUCGUUGGUGGGAAAACUCUCCAAGUGGCUAUUUGCUCCAAAAGUUCAGGAACUGGAGAUGGAUCAAUUGAGGCAAAGCAACUGGGAGCCUCCGUGUCGUCUUGGUUGGAUUGCCAUCAUGAUUCUGAAGGCAAGCAUUGGCUGGCAUACAGAACCUAGAACGUUUUUCACCUACGCCGAAUCCUUGAGACCUUACCUCAUGCUUUUGUCACCGUGGCACUUCUUGGGCUCCAGUUGGUUUUUGAGCAUGCUUUUGCCUCAUGUUUGUCAAUUUCACCGCACCGCCUUUCAUUUGGAUUUUGACCAGACCGAGCUUAUGGCGGAGACGCAUCCCAGCCUCGCUUCGAUGCUCUUGGGCUCACCAGCCAUGCGCCAAAGCGCGCAGGCCGUGCUCAGCCAUGCGCGGCCCUAUGUCGUUCGGGGCGAGCAGAGACUUUUGGUCUAUGCAAGCUAUGUUUGGGGUGAAGAUUAUGUGAGAUGGCUUCCUGCUUACGUAUCUCGAUUCCAUGAACUUGGCAUGCACAAUCUUAUCAUGUUCUGUGGUGAUGAAACUGCCUAUGAGAUGUGCCGCAGGGUGGAGGGAUCUGCGUGUGUUUUCUUGGAGACCAAGACGGGCCUCCACCGCUACACAAUCCCUUUGGCUCUCAUGAACAUGGGCGUGGAUGCCUUUGUUAUUGAUUUCGAUAUCUAUGCCUUCAAGAAUCUCACAGAAAAGUUGAUCGUUGAGCUUGAAAGCUAUCAAGAGACGCCCGAAUUCCUCGUGGGCGGAUCCUUCGGCGAUGCCUGCAUUUGCAAUGCCUUCGCAUAUUACAGAAGUACUCUGGCUGUGCGGGACUUCACGAGGACUUUGCUGGCAUGGCUCUAUCAGUAUCCUUUCCCGCAUGGGGUGACGCAGAAGGCGCUUUCUGCGUUCCUAGGCGAAGAACCAAUGCAGAAAACCACCGGCUCUGAGCCAUGGGUGGUGAAGGAGGAGAUCCUGGUGAAGCAAUUGCCUCCUGUGCCGCGGCUGAAGUGGUCUUUGCUGGAGCCCGGUGUGGAGUUCUCAUCCUCACGCAAGCUAGCAACCUCUGGCUGGGCAGGCCGGCAAGAAGACAUCGUGGUUUAUCAUUUCUUCCAUGGAGGGUGGUUGGCCUCCGAAAGCGCUGUAGAUGCGAAUGAACCUUGGGACGAAUUCGACAUUUUCUACAAUUUGACCUGUGAGGACACCGUGGAGGCCUGUGCUGCGCGUCGCGAGGCACGCAUCCGACGUCUUUUGGAGAAGUCCCGGCUGGGCGACCGACGGCCACCGACGAACAUCUCCUGUGAGACCUUGGAAGUCAUCGACUUUACCGUGACCCCCAGCGAUGAGAAGGGCAUGGACUUCACGGCAGCGUUGCAGAUGGAGCUGCUCGACAGUGCUUGGUCAGCUCUCAGGCCUGGCGGUGUGCUGAUUUAUUCCACAUGCACCCUCAACAGCAUCGAGAACGAAGAGAUUUGCGAGUACUUGCUCCAGAAGAAUGCCGUGCCCCUUCAAACAUCAGAGCUCGCAGGAUUGGGCGAACUUGGGCUGCAUGGCCAUGCUUUGCGGGUUUGGCCGCACAUGUUUGACACCGAGGGCUUUUUCUUAGCAGCUUUCCAGAAGGAGCAAGCCCAUGCUGCCGAGAUGGUCAGACCGCCUUCUCCACGUGCAUCUGUGCGGUGUAAGGAGCUUUUGAGCCCUUGGCCGCGGCUGCUUCAACAAUGUGGAGAUCGCUUCAUCGAGAAGGACGAAGGCAUCUAUUCGAUGCCGGACUGUCAACGCUUGCCAAAGCUGAUGCAGCUGGCGGAGGAAGAAGGUGUGUUGCUGCUGCGACGUGAUGGUGAUGAAUUCUAUUUGACCGAUGAGGCCAUUCUCCUUGGUGGCCGUGAGAUGGGUCCUCAAGACGAUGCUGCUUGGUGGCUGAACCUAUCAUCUGGUCUAGAGGGAAACCUGGGAGGCUUCAAUGCGCAGAUCGAUGCCCGGGCCGAGUUGGGCGACGUUCGAGGUGCAGAGGAAGUGAUGUCCCAUAUCCUUAAGCGAGGUCUUCACCCAGAUGUUGUCACCUACACCACCUUGAUAAAGGCCUACGGCCGGGAGUCCUCGAUGUCCUCAGCACAAAAGGCGGUGAAGAUCCUGGAAGAUGCACGGGAGGAUGGAAUAUGGCUGGAUAGCGCCGCCUUCUCCACGGCACUUUAUGCCUUGGCCAGGGCUGGAAGUCUCCAACAGUACUUCGACAGCAGUGUCUCCUGCGUUGACGCAAUGAGUUUGGUGCGGUUUGAGGUGCAUAGAAAUGAGUACUGA